CGUAGAGAGAAGAGAGCGAUCCAGUGGUCUGGAAACAGAAAAUUUCCCUUCCAACUUUCCGUUUAAAACAUUUCCAUACACUCGGAGCCCGUCGCAACGAUAAUGUUGAAGACACCGGUCCUGCUGUACCUGCUGUGCGUGGUUCUCCGACAGGGGGCGCUCUCCGUCAGCCCAGGAAAGGACGGGGUGGGAUUCGCCUUCCAACCGAACCUGCAUGAGUUCCACAAGACACCGAUGAAGUUCGAGUCGAACAGCCCCAUCCCCAAAUGGCUCAGCGGAACACUGGUCAGGAACGCGCCUGCGCGGUACGAGGUGGGAGACAGAAGCGUUGUGGACAUCUUUGACGGGUUCGCCAAGCUGCACAGUAUCGACAUCACCCCGCAGUCACUCAACUUCUCCGCGAGCUUCAUCAAGUCAGGCAUCUACAACAGGUCUAUCGAGGCCAACACCAUAGCGCCGAUGGUGACGUUUCUCGGCGUCGACCCACCCUUCAGUCUGUACGAGCGUCUGGAGGCCCUGGCCAAGACCCUGGACAACAACGACAUCAACGUCUGGAAGUUCGGCGCCGGCGACUCCGCCACGUACGCCGCGCUGACAGACGGCUGGGUCUUCCCCGAGUUCAACAUCGACACGCUGGACACCAUCGGCGUCGUGCAGCCCGAUCCGCUAGGAGAUGGUCAGAGCGGCUUCGGUGUCGGCCCGCCGACUGUCUACCUGUCCUGCGCUCACCCCGUGGUCGAGCCGAGCACAGGACACUCCAUAAGCUACGUCAUCAAGCCGUCAUACCUGCCUGGUCAGUCCUCGGUUCUGAGCGUCAUCCGCAUCAAGGAUCUCGGCCACAUCGAGACGAUCGGCAGCUUUGAGAUCCAGAAGAACUCGUACAUGCACAGCUUCGCUCUGACCGAGAAUUACGCCAUCUUCUUCCUCCAGCCGCUGUACUUCGACUUCAUCAAGCUGAUGACCACCGUGGAGAUGCAGUACGCCAUGGAGUGGGUGUCCGGAGACAAGAUGGCGAUCCACGCCGUCAACCUUAAGAACGGGUCCGUCAGCACGCUGAGCGCCGACCCGCGCUUUUACACGCACCACGUCAACGCGUACGAGACCGGAGAGGGGCACGUCGUCGCUGACGUCAUCACGUUCCCGGAUCCCACCCCCUUCCUGACGGCCCUGUCCCUGGACAAGCUGCGUGACCUCACACACCUGCGGAAAAUGGACUCCUACGCCAGGCUGACCCGAUAUUUCCUCAACCUGACCGCGGAGACCGUGAAAGUCGAGCCCUUCGUAAACAAGACCGCUCUGGGCGACUUCAUGAACAAGCUGGACCUGCCCAUCAUCAACGAAAAGUAUCGGACCAAGAGGUACUGCAUUUUCUACGGCACCGUCACCAGUUUCGCCACCUCCUCCCCCUUCAACGGCUCCAUCCCCAUAGUGAAGAAGAACGUCUGUGUCCCCGGGAGUGACGACCAUUGGUCCCGUCCAAACCACUUCGCCGGAGAGCCCAACUUCGUCGCCGACCCCAACGGUACCCACGAGGACGACGGCGUCAUUCUGUCCAGCGUUCUGGACGCCGACCGCGGCCUGAACUACCUGCUCAUCCUGGACGCGCGCACCUUUGAAGAGAUCAACACGGCCUACAUGCCCACAUGGAUCCCGUUUGGCUUCCAUGGACAGUUCUUUCCGAGGUCUUUUCAGUGAUUUUGCUUAGAUCCUGUGCCUACAUUGUUUUUCGAAACUCUUUACCUACACAAGUUGCCUUUCCUGUUAUCUAAACCUAUUUACGUGCCGGGUCUCUUCGUCCUCUCACUCGAAAGAGACUUGACAGCUAGCUAGGCUUAGAUAACAGGCUAUUCAUUGCCUAACAUCGUCAACAAAACGAUUUAGUUGGGUCCAGUUCAGAGCGAGUGAUAUAUCAACGAACGCAUCAGCCACAUUAUCUUCAAUAUCAAGCGAUAUAUCUAUCCGAAUGAUAUAUGGGACAAAUAUACAAUGCAUUUUAGAUUUAGGCCAUUUUUGAUCCUAUGAACUAGUAACGCCUCCUAUGAGGUGAAGAUAUAUGUAUAUACUUGUUGUUCAAGCUAUGUAUGUCAAAACCUCGCGAGAGAAUUUAGUUAACGGUGCACACACCAAUUCUUCCAAGACAAAAAUGUGACGAAAGGGUUUUGAGGGUCUGGGUUUGAGUUCGUAUUUCUCAUAAUCUGCUGCGAAGUGGCAUUUAAUACUGGCAUGGCUAAAAAGGGUAAGAAGCGAUGUGUUUUUGGUGCUAAUUGGUUUUGGGCCCGAGUUUCACUUUUUUGUAUGUCUACGCGUUGGAAGUGAUUCGCCCGUUGACCCAGAUUCACCGUCCAUAUGCGUUCUGUGAGCCGUGUUGGUAUGCCUCGCUCGUCGGGUUAUUGUAAAAAUCUCAGUGUUACGAUUUUCUUUA